AUGGACGUGCCCUGGCUCCUAGGGUUGAUUCUACUCCUCCUGGGGACCCCCGUUGCCCGUGCUGAGCCGCUGUACAUCCUGGUGACCCCCCGGGUCCUGCGGGUCGGCACCCCAGAAAACAUCCACGUGCAGGCUCACUCGGACUCCAGAGAGCCCCUCACCGGGUCCCUCGAGGUGAAUCUCACCAUGUGGGAUUUCCCCAUGAGGAAGAUGCUGCUGGCUAAGAGCCGGCUCCUUCUCUUACCGGAAAACCACUUUAUGGACCAGGCACCAGUGACGAUUCCUGAAAGCCUGGUCUACCCCCCACAACCGGGGACGCAGUAUGUCAUCAUCCAGGCAACCUGGUGGACACCCACCACGGCCUUCUCAUCCAUGGAGAAGCUAGUGCUGGUGGCUCCCCAUGCUGGCUACAUCUUCAUCCAGACAGACAAGACCAUCUACACUCCUGAGCAACUGGUUCAAUACAGGGUGUACACUGUGAACCACAGGAUGGAUCCUGUGUCCAGGACGUUCACUCUGGACAUCAAGAACCCGGAGGGAAUCACUGUGAUCAGCCAGGAUCUCCUGGUCAAGGACAGUGUCUUCACAAACACCUUCCACCUCCCAGAGCUCAUCAGUCUUGGGACUUGGAGCAUCGAAGCCUAUUAUCAAAGUGCACCCAAGCAGAAGUUCAAGGCAGCCUUUGAAGUGAAGGAGUACGUGCUCCCAUCUUUUGAGGUCCAGCUGACUCCAAACAAGACUUUCUUCUACCUCAACGAUAAGGCUCUGGGUGUGAAUAUCCAGGCACAAUACAUGAGGUUGUAUGGGUUCUUCAGAGCCAGUGAGAUGGCUGUCCAUCCCUCAGAUACGUAUUCAACAAGCCAGUGGACGGACAUGCUCUGGCCAUCUUCGGGGUGAAGCAGGAUUCCCGUCGGAUCCCCAUCCAAAGCUCCCUGCAGAGG